AUGGGUGGAUUUGCUUUGAAGAGGAAGGCCAAUGGAGUGGUAUAUGGGAAGAGAAUACAUUGUUCAGCACAGCUUCCUCCCCCAGCCUGGCCAGGGCGGGCUGUUGUUGAGCCUCAUCGUAAGACUUUUGAUGGUCCAAAGCCUAUCUCAAUUGUUGGAUCCACUGGUUCUGUUGGUACUCAGGUGAAGAACUUGUGCUGUUAA